AUGCACGAGUACCAACUUUGGGGUAUGUCUGGCUUUUCAAUGCCGCCGCCGUCCUCCUCUCAGCUGCCGCAGCAGUCGCUGCCAGACGACCUGUCCAACGGUCCUGACAGUCCCGACUCACCUGGCAAGGACGGCAAAAAGAACGACGACAGGUAACCUUUUUUCAUUCAAAAUUCCCUCUCUUUUCAAAUUUUUUGCUCGUGUUUGCCUUAAAACCCUCUUUUCUUUUGAAAAGGUUGCUUUUUUUGUGCUAUUGUCUGAGGCAAGCCGUUCGCGCCUUUAGAAUCAUUUUCUUUCAAUAGCUAUCUACUGCUCUCAAUACUUUAAACUUUUCUGAAAUCUAUUCAUCUUCGUCCGUUGCAGAGUGAAAAGGCCGAUGAAUGCAUUCAUGGUCUGGAGCCGUGGGCAGCGCCGCAAAAUGGCUCAGGUUUUGAAAUCUCUUUUUGCGUACUGAAAUUCACUUAAAAUUUCCAGGAAAAUCCGAAAAUGCACAAUUCGGAAAUUAGCAAACGGCUGGGGACUGAAUGGAAGAUGCUCAAUGAGCAAGACAAAAGGCCGUUCAUCGAUGAAGCCAAGCGUCUCCGAGCGAUUCACAUGAAGGCAAGACUACGGAAAUGUUUUCUCAAAAACGAAAACUUGUUUCCAGGAGCAUCCGGACUACAAAUACCGUCCAAGAAGAAAGACCAAAGCUCUUCAGAAGAAAACGAUUCCAAUCGGCUUUUCCGGCUUGGAUCCUCUCAAAACUCAGGUGAAACAGAAACAAGGAUAACGAUUUAUUGAUGAUUUUUUUCCAGGUGUAUCCAACGAUGCCGACUUGGAAUGGAGCCUCGUCGUACUUCGAUCCGGCAGCUUAUCCUCUCUACGGUCGCGGCUACGAAAUGAUGAACCAGAUGAACUACCUCGGCGGGGGCUCGACGUCUCCUUCGCAGUACACUCAGUCGCCUCUCACGACCUACCCGUCCAACUACCUGACGCCGGCGGCCUCGGUCAAACACGAAUCGGAAGCUUCACCGGAUGGCAGUGAGUCUGCUUCGAUUGAUCCUUCCCAGCAGUUCCGCUCUUUCUAUGACCCUACCAAAGACCCCAUGACUGCCGCCAUGUACAACAAUAGCUUGACUUACUCUUCUCUUGAAAGCAUGGGUCUAGCGCCGCAACAGAUUCCUGCCGCUCUUUCGCAGACUCAUUCCUCUUAA